AAAGUCAGGGGAAAAAAAGAGAGAAAAAUGCUUUCGUCUCCCCCAUGUUGAUAGGGCAUUUACCAAGAUAAGCUAUACAAACAGACACAGACCCAAGUCACACAACACAAACAUUCUCCGACUCAAAGUGUCGACGUGUGUUCAUUCAAUUACUCAAUACUCUACAAUUUGCCUUUUGAUCAAUCAAAGAGAGAAAAUGAGUGGUUCAGGAAAGAAGGUUGCAGAUGUAGCAUUCAAGGCUGGAAAGACGAUUGAUUGGGAAGGGAUGGCAAAACUUCUCGUUUCCGACGAGGCCCGCAAGGAGUUCGCCACCCUCCGCCGUGGAUUCGAUGAAGUCAACACCCAGCUGCAGACCAAGUUCAGCCAGGAACCAGAACCCAUAGACUGGGAGUAUUACAGAAAAGGGAUUGGUUCUCGCUUGGUUGAUAUGUAUAAGCAAGCAUAUGAUGAGGUUAAAAUCCCUCAAUACGUUGACAAUGUCACUCCUCAGUACAAGCCCAAGUUUGACGCGCUGCUGGUAGAGCUUAAAGAGGCUGAGCAGAAGUCACUUAAGGAGUCUGAAAGAUUAGAAAAAGAAAUUGCAGAUGUACAAGAGUUGAAGAUGAAACUUAGUACGAUGACAGCAGAUGAGUACUUUGUGAAGCAUCCUGAACUGAAGAAGAAAUUUGACGAUGAAAUCCGAAAUGAUUAUUGGGGCUAUUAGUUUGAGCUUCUCAUCUUGCAGGUGAACAUCCUCUUCGAGUUCAACUGCGUAUGACGAAUAAAAGAGAAGACGUAAUUUGUUUUGUCAGUUUGUUUCUUGGGGUACUCUGAAGAUUUGAACCACAAUAAAUUAUUGCAUAAUGUCCAAAUGCACCCUCACAUUUGAGGAUUAAAAUGUGUUCAAAUAUGAAGAUUCCGUCUCA